CGAUUGAGUCCGUUGGGGCAGAACCAUGGAGGAAACGCCUUUCAAAGCAUCUGACAAGUCUUCUGGCCGCCAUGAUUCAGUCAAGUCGAGCUCCAAGAGUGAUAUCCGGAAUCUGUGGAGCACAGCCACGCUGUCGCAGCCCAAGCUGAACUCACGGCUGACUAGCGUUUAUGAGGACUCUGAACUAGAGAGCAGCAGCAUAGACAGCAAGACUGGCCAGUGGUACAACCAGAAGACCAGCCACGACUCUGACGGCGUCUGGGAAGAAUGCAAUGACGGAAUUGACAAAGUCUGCACCAAGCAGGAGGAACCAGACCGCCACGACGGCCCUCGCAGCUCUCUAAGAAGACAUUUAGAAGGGGAUGAGGAUUUCCCUGGGACCAAGAUGGAAAUAUCUUCCUCAAUGUCAUCACUCAGUAUCUUGAAGCGCACGCCCCAUCAAGCCUACUGGGUGGAGCAGCAGAACAGGCUGCCGCUGCCCCUGAUGGAACUCAUGGAGAAUGAAGCUCUGGAAAUCCUCACCAAAGCCCUCAGGAGCUACCGGUCAGGGCUAGGCAAGGAUCACAUCCUGACCAAGCAGCUGCAGCGAUAUAUCGAAAGGCUCAAGGGGCGCCGGAACAAGAGGCAACACAGGUCCCUGGACUGA